GUUCAGGCAGGUGUCUGGUCCAGGGGGUCUGACAGACCAGCGUUACCUCACUAUGCUGCUCUAUGAAGCAAUCCAGAUCCCGCGACAGCUGGGAGAGGUGGCCGCCUUCGGGGGGAGCAAUGUGGAGCCCAGUGUACGCAGCUGCUUCCGUAUGGCCCCAGGGAAGCCAGCCAUCGAGGUAUCUCAUUUCCUGGAGUGGAUGAGCCUGGAGCCCCAGUCUGUAGUGUGGCUGGCUGUUCUACAGCGUGUGGCAGUGGCCGAGUCCGCCAAGCACCAGGCCAAGUGUUACAUCUGUAAACAGUGCCCCAUCAAGGGAUUCAGGUACCGCAGUCUGAAACAAUUCAACGUGGACAUCUGCCAGAUGUGCUUCCUCACGGGACGCACCACCAAGGGAAAGAAGCAGCUCCAAUAUCCCAUCAUGGAGUACUACACCCCAACCACCUCAGGAGAGAAGAUGCGGGACUUUGCCAAGACGCUGAAGAACAAGUUCCGAUCGAAGCAGUACUUCAGUAAGCACCCUCAGCGGGGCUACCUGCCUGUCCAGUCGGUGCUGGAGGCCGAGAGCUCUGACACGCCGUGCUCCUCUCCCAAGCUACCCCAUGCAGACACACACAGCAGAAUCGAGCACUUUGCUAGCAGAUUGGCGGAAAUGGAGAACCAGAAUUGUUCCUUCUUCACAGAUAGCCUGUCGCCUGAUGAGAGUCUCCCCGGUACCCUGGACCAGGACUCCCCCAGCGGACAGCAGAUGCUGCUGGCCCACCUGGACUGUCAGGACAAGGACGAGCUGCAGAGAACGCUGGCCCGCCUGGAGAACGAGAACCGGGUGCUGCAGGGGGAGUGGCGGCGGCUGAAGUGGAGGCAUGAGGAGGCGGCGGCGGCGCCCCAGCUGACGGAGGGAGGUGAGGGUGUUCCGGGAUCUCCCACGGAGGGCCAGCAGGACGAGGAGCUCCUGGCCGAGGCAAGGGUCCUCCGGCAGCACAAGACUCGCCUGGAGACACGCAUGCAGAUCCUGGAGGACCACAACAAACAGCUGGAGUCCCAGCUGCACAGGCUACGAGAGUUACUGCUGCAGCCCAAAGACGAUUCGGAGGCCAACGGGUCGGAACCUUCGUCCUUGUCAUCUCCGGUGUCAGGGGGAGGCCGUCAGGGGGACGGACCCAGUAGAGAGACCACAGACACAGAGGCAGCAGGAGAUGGAGAUGAGGAUCAUGACACAGUGCAGCAACUGCAGGAGGUCAUAGAGCAGCUGAGAAACGUCUUCCCUUCAGAACCUGGAACCACGUCACUCAUCUAACCCAGGGCGAGGCUUGGAGUGCAGAGUGAUGCCUGGUGGGAUGCCUGAUGGCCCGUGCCCCAUAUAGCUGCCAUCAGAGGGGCAGAGUGUGCACCAGGUCCUUGACCCAUACAGCAGCUUACCCAGAGCUGACCCCUCUCCCGCCCUCUGGACCUCUGUGCACUAACCACCCCUGUGGGAGCCAAAGGCUAACAGCUAAUGCUAACGUCCAGGCCGGGCCAAGCACUAUGCUAACAAGCUAUGGCUAAUGUUAUGCUAUGGCUAAGCGGUGCAGCCAGACACUGUGUUAACCAGCUAAGAAGGCUAAGGAAGCUAACGGCUAACGUUAGUAGCCCAGCCAGGCAGAAACAGUUUUAGCUAGCUAAUCCACUACUGGCUAACGCUAGCAUCCCAGCCAUGACACUGUGCUAACCAGCGUCCGUGUAGUCGUCCGAAUGUGUGACGCUUUAUAUCCAUACAGCACAAGGACCUUCCACAAAAAGGACUUUUACACAAUGCAAAAAUGCGUGAGGAUUUCCAUCAUGUUUGUUCUAUCCAGUAACUGCGUGCGUUUGUGUUUUUCCUGUUUUCUAAUGCGUUUCAAAUGUCUUUCUUUUUUUUACGAGGCGUUCAUGCGCACCACCGUUGACUCGAUUUGGGCCAGGCUGGCUGCGUUUCAUGCGGCUGUGAUCAGGCGGCUGGGGCAGGCGUACCCAGAGCAAAGCAGAGCAGAUUGCCGGGGAGCCAGCGGGACCCACAACAAGCUUAUUGACUCUGUGGGACUGACACAUCAUCAGUAAAACCCUAUGAUUUAUUUAAGACAGCCAAAGUGCCCGCCAGCGCACGCAGCGCUGCCUCUGUGCACACAGCUCCUCUAAUCUUCCCAAACGGGGAUGCCUGUCGUCUCUCUCGCAUGGCUGCCCGCUCUCUCUGUCACAGUGAGUGCACACAUCACACACGCGCAGACACACGUUGUUUCAGAUGAACUCUCGUGCUGUAUUAACGCACGUGCUCAUACUCGGAUUCAUAUGGACGUUCAUAUCGCACACAGUAGGAAUACACACCUAUAAACACGUAGAGACGCACAUACGCUUACACUCACAGCCGCAAACUUUUGUGAAAAUAAAUCGGUGACGAAAGAAGGGCUGUGAUUUUGCGUCUCUGUUCAGGAGGAGAGUCUUGAGACAACGCUGAUAUGUGUUUAGCUGAGAAAGAGUCUAGCUUUAAACGCCGGGCCCUCCUCUGGCUCCUGCAUGGUGACCCCAGUGCCCCAUGUUGCUUAAACCUUUCAGGGGUACACAAAUGCCUAGGAUAGUAGGCUCUCGAGCAUG